AUGCUUGCCAACACCACAACAAUUGUCUUCUCAAAAUGGUUGACAUUAUCAAAAGUGAUCACAUCCGUUGGAUUCUUCUCCACCAUCAUCGCAGUCACCACUUUCCUUAUCCUCAGUUUUUUCUUUGUCCGAACUAACUACGAAAACUACAAACGGUAUAUGGUAGUGUUCUCCUUGCUUGGUUUUGGGCUAGCUGCCAUCGAAGCAGCGGUGAAUCCGAUAUUCCAUUCUUAUAAUGUCGGAUUUGUCAUGUUUAGCUUGGCACACCCGUUUAGUGCGUCUACUGAGGUGGCGUUUACGCUUUUGCUAUUCUACACUGGGUUCUACGCUGCUACCAUUUCCUUCUUGACGGCUCAAUUCUUCUAUAGAUUCCUGGCUAUUGUGUACCCCCAACUGGUCCCCACCUUCUUCGGUGGUUUCAAAAUCCUCAUCUGGAUUUCAUAUUCCUUUUACUUUGGUGUCCAGUGGGCACUUGGAGUUAUAAUAUUUGCUCAUUUGGAUGACGUGGCAACUGAGUAUAUGCAAGAUGAGAUGCUACAGUAUUAUGGAAAACGGAUAGAAGAUAUUGCGAUGUGUGCAGUGGUGGCGUACGACAAGAAUUAUAAUUUGAGAUGGUUUAAUGUGAUGUGUAUAUUGAAUAUGACGUUGAUUAUGAUGAUCCAAUACGGCCUCAUCAUCGGGUUCGGUUGGCGUAUGAGUGUCACAAUCAAACAGGCUGUCUCAAUGCUUUCCACUUCUAUGAUAAAAUUGCACACCCAGUUUUUUAAGGUGCUAGUGUUACAGAUCCUCGUCCCCACUAUCACACUAUUCCUGCCUGUCUUCAUCCUUAUGUACACUCCACUAUUCAAUUUCCAACUCCGCUUCCCAUCCGGUGUGAUGCUCAGCGCCUUCUCAUUUUUCCCGGCUAUGGAUGCGAUCAUAGUCAUGUGUAUCCUGACGGACUAUCGAAAUGCUAUCAAAAAUAUGUUCGAAGGCGUCUCAAUGACAGUUCACGGCGCAAUGCGGGUUACAAAUGUGGCGGAAAGUACGGCGAUGUCUCGGUGGACAACGUAG